AUGCCGUCAUGCCAUGCCACCAGCGAUGCCAGCGGGAUCCUCGGUAGCGCCGAGGUGGAGGUUGAAGUUAAUGAUUCCUUGAUGCGGUUUUUCGAUCACUGCGCCAAGUUUGUUGCUUUGGUGGAAGAGAAUGACACGGCGAUGUGCCAGGUGAAUGCCUUUAAAGAGGGGCCAGAAAUGAGGAAGGUUUUGGAGAAGGUCGCGAGUGCCUUGUGUUUGCCGGUGGAGGAGCUGAACGCAGAUCUUGUUCAAGUGGCUUUUCUCGCUUGCUCAUAUGAGUUGGCGAUAAAAAAUGUGACCUCCCCAUGGUGUUCACUCUUCAGUGAAGAAGAUGCCAAGGUACUGGAAUACCUGAACGACCUGAAGCAAUACUGGAAGAGAGGAUAUGGCUAUGACAUCAAUAGUCGCUCCAGCUGCAUUUUAUUCCAAGAUAUCUUCCAGCAUUUGGACAAAGCGGUGGAAGAGAGUAAAAGUUCAAAACCCAUUUCUUCACCUUUGAUUGUACAAGUUGGACAUGCAGAGACACUUCAGCCAUUGCUUGCCCUUAUGGGUUUCUUCAAAGACGAUGAGCCUCUCAAGGCAAACAAUUACAUCAGACAGAUGCAUCGGAAAUUUCGCAGCGGCCGAAUUGUGCCAUAUGCAGCCAACCUGGUAUUUGUGCUUUACCACUGUGAUCAAGUGAAAACCUCUAAAGAAGAGUAUCAAGUGCAGAUGUUGUUGAAUGAAAAACUGAUGUUGUUUCAUCACUCGAAUGAAACCAUCUCUACUUACGUGGACCUCAAGGACUAUUACAAGGACAUCCUGGAAAACUGCCACUUCAAAGAAGAGUGUGCAUUACCAAAAGUUAAUAUUACCGCUGUUGAUGAACUUUGAGGGAAUGAAAUGGAGUGGGCGUUCUGCAAAUUGAUCUCGGUUCUGUUCGACAGAUAUUGUGAACAAGCACUUUUGAUGGUUUACUGCUGCUGUGUUGAUUUUCUAAACUUGCAGAUUUGAUGGGUUGUCUCAGUUAGCUCAAUGCACUGUUUUUUAUUAUAUAAGCAGAAUUACAAAAACAAAUGCUGUAACAGGGAUGUUGCUGAGCAUUUGUAACAAAUAUGUGAUGCAAGAUGAAGCAUACCUGUAUGUUUAUAUAUACGAAUAAGUAAUUUCAUUGGUCAUUCCUCUUAUGAAUGUGCUCUAGAUAAGGCAACUGAGGCAGCUGGGGCAACUUCUAUUUUAUCAGAGCUGAAGGUGGUUGGACUGAUUCAGUAUUGCUUUGCGCUGCCUGUUUUGCUAGCUACUGUUUUCCUGUGGCAGGCAUGAAAUAAUUCAAACCUGUGAGCUUUUUUGCUCCUUUUCCUGAACUUCUAGGAGGGAGAGGGUGCAUAGUCCUUUUCCAUAGCUGCCCAACUUCUGCCUAGACAGCACCAUGGGAACAUCUUUCUUAGGCAUUUAAAGCAGGAGGAGUUGUAGUGUUCCUGCAUGCAUUAUCUGCCUGAAGAAGGUCCAGGAGUUAAAAGUUUUAAAGUCAUCAUCGAUCUAUCCCGCAUAGCAUGCU